AUGAGCUCUCUCUCCCUCAACAACGGCGCCGGCCACGUCAAUGGCAUCAACGGAACCAACGGCAUCAAGAUGGAUCGCAAGAUGUCGAGCCCCAUGGCCCCGCCCUUCAUGGUCUCGGCCCCGGGAAAGGUGAUUGUCUGGGGUGAACACUCGGUCGUCCACGGUAAGGCUGCCAUCGCCGCCGCUAUAUCGCUGCGGUCGUAUCUCCACGUCACAACCCUGUCCAAGUCGAAACGCAUCAUCACGCUGCGAUUCCCCGACGUCGACCUCGUCCACACCUGGGAUAUCGACGACCUUCCAUGGGAGGCCUUCCAGCACCCGUCCAAGAAGAAGUCGUACUACUCGCUCGUCACCGAACUCGACCAGGACCUGCUCGAGGCCCUCCGACCGCACAUCGCCUCGGUAUCGCCCGAACGGCCCGAGGACAUCCGCAAGAUCCACCAGCACUCGGCCCUGGCCUUCCUCUAUCUCUUCCUGUCGCUGGGGUCCCCGUCCUUCCCGGGCUGCAUGUACACGCUGCGGUCGACGAUACCCAUCGGUGCGGGGCUGGGCAGCAGCGCGUCCGUGUCCGUGUGCCUGGCCGCCGCGCUCCUUCUGCAGCUGCGGACCCUGUCGGGGCCACACCCGGACCAGCCUCACGACGAGGCGCGCCUGCAGGUCGAGCGUAUCAACUGCUGGGCCUUUGUGGCCGAGAUGUGCAUCCACGGCAACCCAUCGGGCAUCGACAACACCGUCGCCACCCAGGGUAAGGCAGUCCUGUUCCAGCGCACCGACUACUCGCGCCCGCCCUCGGUCCGCCCGCUCUGGGACUUCCCCGAGCUGCCCCUGCUGCUCGUCGACACGUGCCAGUCCAAGUCGACGGCGCACGAGGUGGCCAAGGUCGAGAGCCUGAACCGCGCCCACCCUAAGUUGGUGGGCACCAUCCUCGAUGCCAUGGACCGCGUCACCAACUCGGCCGCCGAGAUCCUCGAGGAUGAGGACUUUGACGAGGAGGAUGACGACUGGCUGAGGCGCGUCGGCGAGCUCAUGUCCAUCAAUCACGGCCUCCUCGUAUCGCUGGGCGUCUCUCACCCCCGCCUCGAGGGCGUCCGCGAGCUCGUCGAUCACCAGGGCGUGGGCUGGACCAAGCUGACGGGUGCCGGCGGCGGCGGCUGUUCCAUCACCCUGCUGCGUCCCGGCGUCCCCGCCGCAAAGAUGAAGGAGGUCGAGGGCUGCCUCGACAGGGGAGGCUACCAGCGCUUCCGCACCACACUCGGCGGCGACGGUGUCGGUGUCCUCUGGCCUGCCGUCCUCAAGAACGGCCUCGAGGAUGACGAGGACGGCGGCAUGGAGAUUGACCUCGACAAGUUCCUCAAGGCCGAGGGAACUGAGGGUGUCGAGAAGCUCGUCGGCGUACAUGACCACAACGGCGAGCGUGAGGGAUGGAAGUUCUGGCGUGUCGAGAGCCGCUAA